AUGGCACUGAGUAUCCUGGCAACGUUCGGUAACCUGGUUGUUCUACACAUUUUCUACAAAAACAAGAAGCUUCUGAAAAAUCCCCAGAAUCUCUUCAUCCUAAAUCUAACAAUAUCGGACCUGGGUAUCUCUCUGUUUGGAUACCCGCUGACAACCACAUCCUGUUUUGCCCAACGAUUCUUAUUUGGAGAAAUUGGAUGCCUCAUCCAAGGCUUCACGACCUUCAUCUUGGCCCUGUCGGACAUGAAAACCUUGGGCAUAGAACAUCGACUGACUACCGAGUUCACCAAAAAGGUGAUAGCAGGUCUGUGGUUGUACUCGCUGUUUUGGACUGCGAUGCCUUUGUUGGGUUGGAGCCGCUACGUCCUGGAACCUUUCGGGACUUCGUGCAGCAUCGACUGGACACUGAGAACCCCUAGUGGUCGAGGCUACACUUUGUCUCUCAUCUUCUUUUGCUUCGUUGUCAAUAUUAGCAUCAUUGGAUUCAGUUACACGAAUGUCGUGCGUACAUCCAGACGCCUCAUGAGAAGACUCAGGGCCACGAGGACUUCCCUCAGUAUAGACGAAGCAGUCGAACAGAGGAGUAUCUCAAGGGAGGACAGGCUCGUCUGGAUAACGAUGGCCAUGGUUCUGUCCUACGCCGUCUUAUGGUCACCAUACGCCAUACUGUCCAUCGUGUACACAUACGUCGACGACCUGGCCCCGUGGGUGUCCACGAUUCCAACGAUGAUGUGCAAGAGUUCCUGUCUGGUGAAUCCGCUCAUCUACUGCAUGUUCAACCAAGACUUCAGGAACUAUGUUAUUAGGAUUUGUUCGAGGCAGAGGAAGGUUGGAGAAGCGGUGAAAAGCAAGUGA